AUGGACCCGGAGCCGGAUGCCUCCACCCCGCCACGACCUGAAGCUGCCCCCCAGGAGGAGGCCACCAAUGCCGCUGCAGCUAUGGAGGCAGCGACCGCAGCUUCAGACGACGAGGCCGGGCCCUCACCAGCCGAGCCAGCGGCUGAGGGGGCUGCUGCCACGGCGGAGGCUGCAGCGCCGGAGGCAGCAGAGGUGGCGGCACCAGAGGCAGCGGAAGAGGCGGAGGGUGCGGCACCAGGGGUCGCCGAAGUUGCCAGCAGCGCCUCCCCACCGGCAGAGGAGGUGGAUCCGGAGGUGGUGCUAGGAAGGCGCCUCCUCCCAAGCACGUCAGAGAUCCCUCUUCCCCGGCUCAUAGCCAAAUGCCACCAAGCUCAGAAGGAGUUAGAGGCCGGCAUGCGCCGGGAGUGGGAGAAGCUGGAGGUAGAACGCCACCGACUCUCCGACUGGGAGGUCAGUCUGGGCGACCGCAUCAACUCCGUCUCUGCCCGCUACGCCGAGGAGCGCGCCAAGCUCGUGCAGGGGCGCGAACUUCUGCAGGAGGAGCUGGAGCAAGCUCGCGUCCGGGAGGUGGCGGCGCUCCAACAGGAGAAAGAGGCCAGGCGGCGGGAAACGGAAGCCCUUGAGGGGCUGAUCGCCGUGGAGGAGAUGAAGCAGGCGGUGGCAGACAGGGAUCGGGUCGCCCGGGAGCUGGCAGCCGCGGCGAGGGAGGCUAUUCCAACAGCCCGCAGCUUCAUCCCGACGGCCACCGUACCGGUGCCGCGCCGUGCAGCGACGUCUUCGUGGCCGCUCGCAAGAUCGCCUACCGGCCCGGACGCCGUCCCGCAGGUGCCCGCGUGGCUGUCAACCGAGGCGAAGGACUUCAUGGGCAUGUGA